AUGCCACCCCCUCCCCAAGGCGGCGUCCCUCACGGCCGCCCCCUCCACCCCGGCGCACCGGAGGGGCCCGGGCGGAACGAGACGCGCGCAGCCGCCCCAGGAAGAGCGCUGCCUGCCCGGCCCAGCAGGCGGCGCUCCGUCAGGUUAAGAGUCCGGCGAGGGCGCCCUCCGUCCCGCGGCGUCUCAGGCCGGGCUGCCGUGCGCGGUGGCUGGGCGGCGCUUCGGCUGCGCUCGGCCGGCGGCCACGGCGGCCCCAGACUGGCCCGGCCCCAGCGGCCUGGACGCCCUGCCCACCCGGCGCCCCUCUGCGUGUCCGGCCACGGGCGCCUUCCCGGAGGGCCCCGGCUGCCGCCCCUCGCCCGCCCCGGCAGGUGCUGCUCCCCGAGAGGCCGCUGGGAGGCCGCGCCGGAGCUGCCGGGCGGCGCGACUCUUAUUUUGACACGGCGGCGGCGGCGCCUGCCCGGAGUGGCUCCUCGCCCGGGGCGCAGCCAGCGCGCUCGGCCCCCAAAUGAGCGGGCGGCGGCGGCGGGCGGCGGCGGCGGCAGGAGGAGGACGCGGCGGGCGCUGCUGCCCGGGGACACCGGCGGCUUCUGUGCGGAGCGAGGCCGGGCCGGGCGCCGCGGCGGCGGCGACAACGCGAAGGGGCGGCGCGAGGACCCUCCCGGACCGCCCGACUGCCCGGUGCUGAGCGGCGCGGCCCGGCAAACGAAAGCGAAAGAGGCACCGCGCGGACCCCCGCGCCCUCCGCCCCCCGCGCGACCGGCGGGAGCCUCGCCACGGCCUCCCCCGAGCAGGUAA